CCCCAAAAGGAUGUCCCCGAGGCCGUCCCCGAGGCCGAGCGCCGCCGGCAGUCACUGCAGGACGCCCGCCGGGCCCUGCCCAUCUUCCCGUUCCGUGACGAGCUGGUGGCGGCCGUGGCCCAGCACCAGGUGCUGGUGAUCGAGGGCGAGACGGGCUCGGGGAAAACCACCCAGAUCCCCCAGUACCUGCACGAGGAGCAUCCCAGGGAAGGUGACAGCAGCCCCGGGGAGGUGGCAGCAGCCCCAGGAGGGUGACAGGGCCGUGUCCUUGUCCCCAAGGUGGGGUACAGCAUCCGCUUCGAGGACUGCACGUCGGAGCGCACGGUGCUCAAGUACAUGACGGACGGGAUGCUGCUGAGAGAGUUCCUGACAGAGCCCGACCUGGCCUCCUACAGCGUGAUCAUGGUGGACGAGGCUCACGAGCGCACGCUGCACACGGACGUGCUCUUCGGCCUCAUCAAGGACAUCGCGCGCUUCCGGCCGCAGCUCAAGGUGCUGGUGGCCUCGGCCACGCUGGACACCGAGCGCUUCUCGGCCUUCUUCGACCACGCGCCCGUCUUCCGCAUCCCGGGGCGGCGCUUCCCGGUGGACAUCUACUACACCAAGGCGCCCGAGGCCGAUUACCUGGAGGCCUGCGUGGUGUCGGUGCUGCAGAUCCACGUCACCCAACCCCCCGGGGACAUCCUGGUCUUCCUCACCGGCCAGGAGGAGAUCGAGGCCUGCGUGGAGCUGCUGCAGGAGCGCUGUCGCCGCCUGGGCUCGCGCCUGCCCGAGCUGCUGGUGCUGCCCAUCUACGCCAACCUGCCCUCGGAGCUGCAGGCCCGCAUCUUCCAGCCCACGCCCCCCGGCGCCAGGAAGGUGGUGGUGGCCACCAACAUCGCCGAGACAUCGGUGACGAUCGACGGCAUCGUGUACGUGCUGGACCCGGGCUUCUGCAAGCAGAAGAGCUACAGCGCCCGCACGGGCAUGGAGUCCCUGGUGGUGACCCCCUGCUCCAAGGCCUCGGCCAACCAGCGCGCGGGCCGCGCGGGCCGCGUGGCGCCCGGGAAGUGCUUCCGGCUCUACACGGCCUGGGCGUUCCAGCACGAGCUGGAGGAGACGGCGGUGCCCGAGAUCCAGAGAGCCGACCUGGGGGCACUGGUGCUGCUGCUCAAGAGCCUGGGUGGGCACGGGG